GCUGGUCGCGUGGCGGUGACGCGGUGGCGGGAGCUGGGGUCGCGUGCUGUGCCCGGGGUGAGGGGACCCGGCGGGCGGGCUCGCGGGCCUGGCCCACGCUCCGUCCUCGGCGGUGCCUCUUCCGGCCGUCCCUUCUCCGGGGCCCCGAGAAGGCGAGCCAGGCCGCGCUCGAGGGCCCGGCAUGAGGAGGGGGCAUGGCCAGCGUCCCGCAGCUGGUGGACGACCUGUGCGAGGCCCUCCUGCCGGCCGCGAAGGCUCACUGUGGCCAGCGCCGCGGGAGCCGCAAGAAGGCCAAGCAGAGCCUCAAGAGGGUGGCCUACAACGUUCUGUUCACGAGCCUCUUUCAAGAUGAGACCCGCAAGCUGCAGCCUGGCCUCCCGAGACUCCCGGUGAAAAACAGGAUUCUCAUGCUGUCCUUCGACUUGCGAGUGAGCGGCCUGGGCGCCGAGGCCGACCGCCUGGAGGAGUUGGUGGAGGAGCUGGAGGCCGCGCAUCGCCGGCCGCUGGCGGAGCUGGGGUCCGUGCUGGACCUGCUGGUGCGGCUGGCGGGCAGCGGGCCCCCGCGAAUGCUGCGGCGCCGGCGGGACUUCUUCCUGCACAGCCGGCCCGUCGGGAGAGACGUUCCCUACGGCGGCUACGACUGCGCCGACCUGAGCGGGAUGGAGGCGGACGUGCGGUCGCUCAUCUCCGGAGAGGAGUAUCUGUGUCGGGACUUGGUCCGGAAGACGCUGCAGGUGAUGGAGGCGGCGCCGGGCACCGGGCUGCCCGCCGUCGGGCUCUUCUCGUAUGGCGACACCUGCGGGGACAGGUUUGAGAGGGACACCCGCGUCUCGCUCUUCGGAGCCCUGGUGCACAGCCGCACGGCCGACCUGGACGUCCGCCUGGACCUGCCCCCGGUGCCGGACAGCGCAGACCUCUCCGGACUGGCCAUCAAGGUCCCUUCGAGUGUGGAUCAGUCGGAAGAUGAAGGGUUCCAGUCAGCAUCCAAUCUGACUCCUGAUUCCCAGUCUGAGCCGGGCGUGACUCCAGACAUUGACCUGUGGGACGCUGUGCUCACCUAUGAAGCCAGCAAGCGGAGGUGCUGGGAGCAAGUUGGAUGCCCGCCUGGCCACCGAGAGGAGCCCUACCUCACCGAGGCCGGAAGGGCUGCCUUCGACAGGUCCUGCCGGCUCUGCCAAGCGGGGCUGCAGGUGCUGGGCGGGGGCCUCCUGCAGGCCCCGCAGCCCGUCCUGGUGAAGGAGUGCGAGCUGGUGAAGGACGCGCUCAACAUCCUGAUUGGGGUCGUGUCCGCCACGUUUUCCCUCUGCCAGCCAGCUCAGGCCUUCACGGUGAAGCAGGGUGUCCAUGUCUCAGGAGCAUCCCCCGAGAGCAUCAGCAGCCUCCUCUCGGAGGUGGCCGAGUGCGGGACCCACUACGCACGCCUGAGCCACUUCUCUCUGCAGCCUGUGCUGGACUCCUCGUGCAGUGAGGGCCUCGUGUUCCAGGCCUUCACCAGCGGCCUGAGGAGGUACCUGCAGUACUACCGGGCCUGUGUGCUCUCCACCCCGCCCACCCUGAGCCUCCUCGCCAUUGCCUUUCUCUUCAAGAAACUGGGCCGGCAGCUCAGGUACCUGGCUGAGCUCUGCGGUGUCGGCACUGGACUCCUGGGCGCUGGGGGUGGAGCGCCCGGGGCUGCGUUCCCCACUGGGGUGAAGCUGCUCUCCUACCUCUACCAGGAGGCCCUGGAUAACUGCAGCAACGAGCACUACCCGGUCCUGCUGUCUCUGCUGAAGACCAGCUGCGAGCCCUACACGCGGUUCAUCCACGACUGGGUGUACAGUGGGGUCUUCAGAGACGUUUACGGCGAGUUCAUGAUCCAGGUGAACCAUGAGUACUUGGGCUUCAGAGAUAAGUUUUACUGGACCCAUGGCUAUGUGCUCAUUUCCAAAGAGGUGGAGGACUGCGUCCCCGUGUUCCUGAGGCACAUUGCCCACGACGUGUAUGUCUGCGGGAAGACCAUCAACCUGCUGAAGCUCUGCUGCCCCCGGCAUUACCUCUGCUGCUCCGAUGUCCCGGUCCCUCGCAUCUCGGUGAUCUUCUCCCUCGAGGAGCUGAAGGACAUCGAGAAGGACUGUGCCAUCUACGUGGGCCGGAUGGAGAGGGUGGCGCGCCACAGCUCCAUCAGCAAGGAGGAGAAGGAAUUACGAAUGGAAAUUGCAAAACAAGAAUUAAUUGUCCAGGCCCGGGAAGCGGCGUCCAGGGUCCUGAGCGCGCUCAGUGAUCGGCAGCUGUCUGAGCGGAUGGCCUUGGAUGCCCAGAAGCGAGAGCAGUUUCAGAGGCUGAAGGAGCAGUUUCUGAAGGACCGGGAGCGUCGCCAGGCGGCCAGGCAGGAGGAGCUGGAUGAUGACUUCAGCUACGCCCGCGAGCUCCGGGACCGGCAGAGGAGGCUGAAGGCCCUGGAGGAGCAGCUGGAGAGGAAGGCCAGGCAGGCACUGGUGGAUCAUUACAGCAAGUUGUCUGCAGAGGCAGCUCGCCGGGAGCAAAAGGCGCUGUGGAAGGUCCAGAGGCACAGAUUGGCCGGCGCUCGGCUUCGUUUUCUCUUAGAAGAUCAGAAACGCAUUCAGGAGCUGCUGGAAGACAUGGCGGAGGGGAAGCCCCUGGAGCCGCUGGCCAUCCUCCCAGGUGCCCGCUCCCAGGCGUCCUUUCUGGGCCCCGAGCACCCAGGUGGAGGUGGCAGCUGUGAUCCUGGGCACGAGGGGCGGCACGAGGCUGUCCGGGACAGCCCCGACGGGCAGGGCAUGCUGACGCCGAAGCCCCUCGAGCCUCCAGCAGCUGGGGCCUGCGGCUCAGGGCCAGGAGCGGGCCUGCUGUCAGAGCAGGCGGAGGAGCCGGGGCCGUUCUCUGUGGGCCUCAGCAUCCAAGACUUCCUGCCCACGGCCCAGGGGGCUGAGCAGCCUGUGCUCACCAGUGCGGCCCCCAUCCUGGACGAGGCGCUGCAGACCAUCGGCUCGGACCUGCCUCCCCUGGCUCCGUCCGCAGCAGUGGACACAGGGCCCUCCGGGCCACAGGAGUACGAUUUCAGAACCAUCCUGAGGCCAUCUGUGGCCGCCCCAGCUUCCCCAGGGGCCCUCCAGACUGCAGGAGGCAGCUUGGGCAGUGAGGGGCAGCGGCUGCGGGAGGACACUCACGUGCGGCUGGACACGAGUGUCCCUGAUGGGCGGGUGGCUCUGCCUUACGCGCACCCCCCUCAGCACCCCUCCCGCCAGGAGGAGAGCAGCCAGGCCAUGGGGCAGCUAUGUGGGCAAGUGGCAGCAGAGCCUGGUGUUCCCACAGAGGGUUAUGCUUCUGGAAUGGCUCCCUCCCAGCCACGGUGGAACGUCCACGGACAUGUGUCUGAUGCCAGCAUCAGGGUGGGGGAGAACGUGUGGGAUGUGGCCCCCUCCCGGCCACGGUGGAACGUCCACGGACACGUGUCUGAUGCCAGCAUCAGGGUGGGGGAAAAUGUGUGGGAUGUGGCCCCCUCCCGGCCACGGUGGAACGUCCACGGGCACGUGUCUGAUGCCAGCAUCAGGGUGGGGGAGAACGUAUGGGAUGUGGUCCCCUCCCGGCCACGGUGGAACGUCCACGGGCACGUGUCUCAGUCCAGUGUGAUGCUGGGGGUAGUCUCAGGGGAAGCCGAGCCCAAUGUGCCUGGGCACCCCUGGGCGCCCCCUGACCAUGGGUCCCAGUUAGGCCUCAGCUUGGGAGCCCAGAGCCCUGCCCAGGAACAUGAGCCACGGCUGCCUGCAGAGACGGCCUUAGGCGGCUCCGGCGCACAAGUGGCUCGACCUGGCUCUGGCCGUGGGGAGAAGACUGGCCUGCAGGCCUUGCUGUCUGCGGAGGCUGCACCCACUGCUCUGGAAGACAGUAUCCCUGAGGAGCCAGGCCCGGGGGUGAGUGGGGACUCCCAGGACCUCUCUCCAAGUGGCCCUCCGAGCUCACAGGUCAGGGCAGACGUGGUGAGGGGCUGGGGAUUAGGAGUCGGGGGAGCGUGUGCUGCUGGUGGGCCCCCUGCCCCCACCCCCACCUGGCCUGUCGUGGGCAGCGAGGGCUCUGUCCCGGGACUGGUCAGCACGUGGGGUAUUCCCCCCGCCCGGUCCGUCCUCUUCCACACGAGGGGAACGGGCGGGUUCCUUGAGGCUGGGUUGUCUCAGGAGGGCGUGGACACCCGGAGCAGCCCAGGCCCCGGCGAGGAGGCGGCCCAGCGCUGGGACAGGGAGCAGGCCUACUUGGCGGGCUUGGCGGGGCAGUACUGCCUGGAGCAGUACCCGGACAGCUACGAGGCCAUGUCAGAGCCUCCCGUUGCCCGCCUCCUGCACCACGGGCUUCCCCGAGCUUUUGGCCUCCCCGAGGAUGCCGGGGCCCAGUCAGAUGCAGACGCGAGUGCUGUGCAGCUGAGCGAACUGCUGCCGCUGCCCGUGCUCAUGAAGCACUCCAUCACGGCCCCGCUGGCUGCCCACGUCUCCCUGGUGAACAAGGCCGCGGUCGACUACUUCUUCGUGGAGCUGCACCUCGGGGCGCACUUCGAGGCGCUGCGGCACUUCCUGCUGAUGGAGGACGGGGAGUUUGCGCAGUCCCUCAGCGACCUGCUCUUUGAGAAGCUUGGGGCGGGACAGACGCCUGGGGAGCUCCUGAGCCCGCUGGUGCUCAACUCCGUGCUGAGCAAGGCCCUGCAGUACAGCCUGCACGGCGACACCCCGCACGCCGCCAACCUCUCCUUUGCCCUCAAGUUCCUGCCUGAGACGUUUGCCCCCAAUGCCCCGGACGUGCUGAGCUGCCUGGAGCUCAGGUACAAGGUUGACUGGCCCCUCAACAUCGUGGUCACUGAGGGCUGCUUGAGCAGGUACAGCGGCAUUUUCUCCUUCCUGUUGCAGCUGAAGCUCAUGAUGUGGACACUUAAGGAUGUCUGCUUCCACCUCAAGCGCACAGCACGGGUGAGCCACGCAGCCGGCUCGGUACAGUUCCGCCAGCUGCAGCUGUUCAAACACGAGAUGCAGCACUUUGUGAAGGUCAUCCAGGGCUACAUCGCCAACCAGAUCCUGCAUGUCACCUGGUGCGAGUUCCAGGCCAGGCUGGCCUCAGUGGGCGACCUAGAGGAGAUCCAGCGCGCCCAUGCCGAGUACCUGCACAAGGCUGUCUUCAGGGGCCUGCUGACGGAGAAGGCGGCGCCUGUCAUGAACAUCAUCCACAGCAUCUUCAGCCUGGUCCUCAAGUUCCGCAGCCAGCUCAUCUCCCAGCCCUGGGGCCCGGCCAGCGGCCCCCGCGGCCCCGAGCACCCCAACUUCGCCCUCCUGCAGCAGUCCUACAGCACCUUCAAGUACUACUCCCACUUCCUUUUCAAAGUGGUGAGCAAGCUGGUGAACCGAGGCUACCAGCCCCACCUGGAGGACUUCCUGCUGCGCAUCAACUUCAACAGUUACUACCAGGACGCUUGAGGCCUGUGUGGCCCUGGCGGGUGCCUGGGCUGGAAUAAAGGUGCUGCCCGCCCUA